AGACGGUGCGGACGGCGACCCCCUUCCCCAUGGUCAGCCUCUUCCUCGUCUUCACGGCCUUCGUCAUCAGCAACGUGGGGCACAUCCGGCCCCAGCGCACCCUCCUGGCCUUCGUCUCGGGCAUCUUCUUCAUCCUCUCGGGGCACAGACGUGAUGUCGGUGUACCUGUUCACCCUCACCCACUCUGUCCCCAUCCCUCGUCCACCCCGUCCCUGUCCCUUGCCCACCCCGUCUCCAUCACGGGUGUGAUGUUGGGGUACCUGGACGCCCUUGCACACCCUUGCACGCCCUCGGACACCCUUGCACGCCCCCGUGACCGUGUCCCUGCCCCCCCGAACGCACAGCCCCCCCAGGGCGCGGGCGUGAUGUCGGUGUACCUGUUCACCAAGCGUUACGCGGAGGAGGAGCUGUACCGGGCGCCGUCGGGGCUGCUGCGGCCGCGGCUGAGCGCCUGCUCGGGGCUGUCGGGGCAGUUCCUGCAGCCGCGGGGGUGGCCCCGGCCCCGCUCCCCCUCCGAGGCCUCCUCCGACGUCUCCAUCCAGAUGACCCAGAACUACCCCCCCGCCAUCAAGUACCCCCAGCACGGGCACCUCUCCACCUCCCCCUGCUAGGG